CCCCUCAACAGCCCACAGUACAGUAGUCGUCUCCUCAAACCCUAAACAAGACCGUCAUUAUCCUCUCCUCUCCUCCUCCUCCUCCUCCCCGCGUCAUCAUCUUCCAAUCUCAAUUGCCGCCGCCCCCGUCCUCCCAUCUUCACCGUCGCCACCGCCCGACGGCCUCCUGCCGCUCCCCUCGAUUCGCUCCCUGUGUCUUCUUGUUGAUAGUUAAAUAGCAGUCAUCACUGUGUCAGUGGUCGGGCCUUCAUGGGAAUGGUCCCAUGCCUUGUGACUGCAUAUUUGUGCCAAUUAACGUGACUGCUUGGUUAAACCAUGAGGCAUUCCGGCAAGCGUACCAGCCAACAUAGGGAUCAUGAAAGAGAAGAUAGGGACCAAAAGAGGAGGCCAACCACCUACACCCAGGAAAGCUCCAGUGUUGAUGAAUUGGUUGUUUAUCGGAUACUCUGUCCAGACAAAGUGAUUGGUAGUGUAAUUGGCAAGAAUGGCAAGGUGAUAAAUUCUAUUCGGCAGCAGACGAAUGCCAGAGUCAAGGUUGUUGACCCUUACCCUGGUGCUGACAAAAGGGUUAUUUUGGUAUACUGUUAUGUCAAGCAUAGAGACCUCAGUCAUAGCGACAUAGAUGUUGGUGAUGAUGAUAGGGAGCCUGUUUGUGCAGCACAAAAUGCCUUGCUCAAGGUGCAUGAUGCAAUUGUUGAUUCUCUGGCCAUCAAUAAUGAUUCUGAGGAUGAAGAAGCCAACAUUCUUGUACCAGCUAGUCAAGCUGCAAGUGUUAUUGGAAAAUCUGGUGCUGUCAUCAAGAGACUUCGAUCAAUGUCAAAAUCAUUCAUUAAAGUUAGACCAAAAGAUCCAAACGAAGUUACACAUUCGUGUGCUAUGAGUUUUGACAAUUUCGUUCAGAUAACUGGGGAUGCUAGAGCUGUCAAGAAGGCUCUGUUUGCUGUAUCAACAAUUAUCUACAAAUGUCCAUCAAAAGAGAACAUUCCGCUUGAAACAUCUAUUCAAGAACUUCCUCCAGCCAUUAUACUUCCUUCAGAACUUCCUGUUUACCCGGCUAGUAAUUUAUACCCAGUCUCAGAUGCCGCUAUGCCUUCUGGACAUCCAAGUCUAGCAAUCUUAGGGGCAACUCGUCAUGAUUCUCAUGCUCCUGAAUUUACUCUGCCCGCUGAUGCUCAUGGAAGAUUGCCCAUUUAUCAAUCUAUGGUUCCUGCUAUUCCUACUUAUAACACCCCAAAAUGUUCAGGAGAGCUAGUGCUGCGUGUUGUAUGCCCUGGUGACAAGAUUGGGUUGGUUAUUGGUAAAGGUGGGGUGACCAUAAAGAGUAUAAGGAAAGAGAGUGGUGCAAGAGUAGAUGUUGAUGACGCAAAGAAUGACAGGGAGGAAAGUAUAAUCACCAUUGAAUCCACUGAGGCCACCGAUGAUGUCAAGUCUGCAGCAGUGGAAGCUGUUCUGCUGCUUCAAGCAAAGAUCAACGAUGAAAAUGAAGAUAGAAUGUAUCUUCGCCUUCUUGUUCCGGGUAAUGUCAUUGGCUGUCUUAUCGGCAAGGGUGGUUCAAUCAUUAAUGAUAUGCGGAGUAAGUCUAAGGCAACUAUCCACAUAUCAAAGGGCAGUAAGCCCCGGAGGGCAUCUUCCAGUGAUGAGCUCGUUGAGGUGCUCGGGGAAGUGGACAAACUACGUGAUGCUCUUGUUCAGAUAGUUCUAAGACUUCGGGAAGAUGUUCUGAAGGACAGUGUGGAGAGGCAGAACUCUGGCAAGGAUGGGAAGCUAACUGUGGCCACUACUGAACCCAUGUAUUCAAGCAGCUUUUCAAUGCCAGCUUUACUACCUUACAGUCAACAAAUCACUCCACUACGCUAUGAUCAAAGGAGUGAAUCCGAACGUGGUUCAGAUAUAUAUCCCCGUAGCAGCUCGUAUGGAUACAGCUCCAUUCAGGUUGCAGAUGAUGGGUUUGGAGCACGCUCUUCAUAUUCUUCGAAGGCAUACACAAGGCGCGGCCCAGAUAUGGAAAUGAUCAUUCCUUCUAGUGGCCUGUCAAAAGUAAUAGGAAAGCACGGCACAAACUUGGACAAUAUUAGAAAGAUCUCUGGAGCUGACAUUGAAAUUAUUGAAUCAAAAUCAUCUCGUCAUGACCAUGUUGCCCACAUAUCUGGCACCUCUGAGCAGAGGCACUCGGCAGAGAACUUGAUCAAAGCUUUCAUAAUGUCUACAUAAGGUUCCUGCUAUAAUUUUCAAGAUAUCUGUUGGCACUUCAGCCUGUUCUGUCGGACUUCUCUUGCCAUCCCAUAAUUUCCUUGGGCUUGGAAAAGUAUGUCAAAAAUAGUGUUCUCCAUGCCUUCUCUCGAAUGAACCUCAUGUUUAUCUGGGAAAGACAAAUCACUAUAUUCUUUAGGUUCUCAACCAUGGCUUAUUUAUGUUGACUUGUCCAUGUUAAUUAUUGGCAUCUUCAGAUAUUCCCUGCAAA